CGGCACGAAUCGCUCGCAGACGGGGCGGACUCCGGGAGAUCUGCCGUGCGGUCAUUAAACUAUUUUCACCGCCGCCUGUUAGCUCGAAUGAAAUAAGAGAACGGGAGAUGGAAGCGCAUCUGCGGGGCAGAGUUCUUCCCGUCCGUUCCGGGGCUUUGAACGGCAAUGCGCGGCGAGUCGGUUCGCAGAGCAGCGCAGGACGAGCGGCCGUUUGGGAAGCGCAGAGGAAGGUCUUCCCAGCGGCAGUCAGCUUCUCUCGCUUGAAAAGUUUGCCCUGAGAACGGAUCCUGCAGCUUUUGCCUUUCCUGGAACCCGAUGAAGCCGUUUAUCUGAACUAUCUGUGGCUGCUUCUUGAACCGUAACGCGGUGUUUCCAUUUUUACAAGCAUUUGCAGCAGUCGUUCUGUGCUCACUACAACACUCUGCCCGUUUGGGGAGAUUUCUCUUUUUCUUGCGCAUGUUCUGGGGCCAGAACGCAGAUUAGCUCAUUAAAGCUGCAGUAAAAUUGAUCUGGAUGAUCCCUUAUGCCAUAACUUGCCUGCUAACAUCUCACGAGGGCACCGUCCCUUAGAAUCUUAUGCUCUGCCCCACAGACUAACUCUUUAGUACAGGAUUAACCCCGUAAUUCAAAAUUCAGACUGUGUGCUCUGUUGGUGCAGCUGCGGCACCACAGCUUUGCCAUAUGGGUUCUUAUGGGAUAAGAAAAAUCAGCACCUCGCUGAAACAAGCAGGGUUUUCCCUUGUAUUUUUAGCCUCAGAACUUCGCAUCCUCUUUGCAGUGUCCCACCGGCCAAAACUCUUCUGCCCGCAGCUGGCACUUUUGCUUUUUGAAGGCAGUUUCCCAUCUCAAAAACAAAGCAGCUCGCCUCAAAUUUGCAAAACCUCAGGACGGGAAACGGAAUUUGCCUUCAGUAUAAAAAUCCCAAGUGUUUGCAAACAGCCCCGAGAAGAAUCCGAGCUCUUGGCUUGACCUCUCAGCUCGGAAUUCCAUCUUGGGGAGUUUGUGGUCUUGCAAAGAGGGUGACGGAGCUCAGCUUCUGGAGCGCCCGGCUGCGUCUCCACGGCGGGGAAAGGAGUGCAGCUGGAGGGAGGAAUGGCUCGGCCGCUUUCAUCAGGCUCUUAUCGACCUUCGCUGCGUGCGCUGGGCCCAGCGCUGCAGUUUUGGAGAGACCGUCUGAAUGUCAAGUGUGAGGUCAGCCCCAGCGCCUGGGAGUCAUUGAAAACAGCAGCGGGGCUGUGAGCGGUUCUGUUGGCCCUGAAAGCCACCGCUGUGUCUUCUCCCGUCUGAAUGCCGUGGGCAAACAGUGCAGGCGAUGGAUUUCGGAUCAAAACAGAGAUUAACCGAGCGGGGGGAACAGCAGCACCGCAUUUCUGCCCUCGGUUUGGCUGCGGCCAGCAUGUGGCCCAAGCAGGACCGUCGCUGGGGAGCCGUCCCCGUUCUGCCCCCUCUUCCCACCUCCUGCUGUCAGCUUGGAACCCGAUCGCGCCGCACGGGGCACGGCUCGAUUCUUUAUGCAAGUUUGGUAAUGAAUGAGCGGCCAAGCCGAAAGCGAGCGCGGUUGGCAUUCGAGACAACACCCAUCCCCGGCUGCGAGCCGGCCUUGCGCCGCGGGUGUGCUCAGCAAAAAGAAAUCAUCAUCCCGGUGGCCACUAUUUACUCAAACUGGUUUUAUCUGGUUCCAGUUAGGCUUGUUUUGAGUAGGAUGAGCGGUGCCAGAUUCUGAUCUCAUUUGCACCGGCGGAGUCAUUCGGAGGAGCCGGUCCCGCUUCGCUAAGUGAAAGCAGAGCUGGGCCUGCUGGGAGCCAGCACCCGGGGAUGCGGCUGCGCCGGCUUCAAGUCUCACACCGGGAAAAGUGAGCGCCGCUGGGACCCUUCCCAGCUUCACUGUUGGCCUCAGGAGCGCUGGCUUCACCCGAAAAAGAGGGGUGUGCAGGGACGAGGCGGCCCCUUCCACACGGGCUGAUGUAGGAACGGUGAAACUGAACGACCGCGGUGUGUGAUGUUGGGGCAGCACAUGGGAAACACCGGCGUGGGGUGGAAGGCGGGCGGGAGCUGAGCCUCGCUCAGGUCUGGGCAUGUGAGCACAGUGUGCAGCUGCAGUGCUGCUGCGGGUGCCUGGAGGAGAGACGGGGCAGAGGGCAGCGCUUCAGGUCGCUGCGCUUUCCUGGCCGUGGCUGCGAUGCUGGAGAGAUCAACCCACUGAAAUGAUUCCAGAAGCUGCUUACGUUGCUCUCGCCUCCACCACGGCCGUCCAUGUCCUUCCAGCAGUGCUGCUUUCAGACCCCAUCCUAAGCCUCGGUCGUUAAGUAGCUUUCCAAUGACUCUUGUAGGCAGAGGAGCUUGGGUUUCUCUUUCCAGCUGCAUCAGUCGGGUUUUUCAGGCACUUGGCGCGCAGCUGAGAAGCCAAAAGUGAAUUCUGGAGGGGAGAGGGAUUUCGAUGUGCUGCACCGCUUUCAUCCCUGCAAAUCAGCCAGCCGUGCUGGAGUGGAAAUCAGCACAGUACAGAACGGGGAGCUGUGACACCUCCUGCUUCUGCAAGGAGCAGUGAGAAAUGUUCCACAGUGAGAAGCGAGGCAGCGUUUGCUCCGUUAGCAGCAGCUCUCAGGAUUUGUCCUUGUGCAUUUUAAACAUCUCAGGGUGCUCCCUUUUCGUUUUGUUAUUUCUUCCUGGAUUUUGCAGCUCGGCAAAGCGAGGCCUGAGCUCUCGGAUGGGAUUUCUGCGUUCACUUAAGCACUCAUCUGUCUUGCUGUCCUGAAGAAUUACCUCUAACCACUUUCAAGCUUCAUCUCUCCCCUCUCCCCUGGUGAUGUUAUCAUGUCAUCGCUCACGUUAAUUCAGGACACGGCUGGCACAGCAAUGGAGCCCCAAAAGGAUCUGGUGCUUUCUGGUUUUUGUGGCCAAGAGCCGACUCUGUUUCCAUGCAGCACAGCGGGCUCUGAGCCGUGGUAGGCGAUGUUUAUAAAGCUCAGGGCUUCCUUGUCUCACACAGCCUGCGAUGCCGUGUGUGUGGCCAUGGGCACCGCAUACCCGUGUCACCAUUUUUAUGCCUUUGGCAAAACUGCGAGAUCCUGGCUGAGAAAAACACACAUAAACACGUGAAACCACUCAUGAAACGUUCCCCACGUCCACCUGCAGGCUCGUCUUCUAUCACAGUCUACACCUCCCCUCUGGAAAAACAGGGUAACACUGAUUAGAUCUUUUUUUUUUCCUACUUCCCUCCCGAAGUGUUCAGUUUCCAAAUGGCUGGGAACAGCUGUGGGCUGGGUGGUGGGAGCUCGGCCUCGCAGGGAGUUGCUGUGAUUGCUGCGCUCCGGCCGGCAGGACGAUGCAGAUUUCCCAGCUGCUUCCAGGCAUCCUUGGAACCGUUCUCCUCCUUGCAGGGCUCGGAAAGUCCUCAGGGCUGCCCAAAGCUCCACCUCCACACCCCCAGCUCCCAGGAGGCUCUGCCAUGAGCUGACACCCUUUGGCCGCGGAUGUUUUGCCCUUUGGCUCCGCGGGUGCAGGUUGUGGCUGGAAAAAGGGCUUUGGGUUCCGAGGCUGCAGCUGCACGCAUGUUGUUUGUCUCCGGAGUCCGGGAUGUGCCAGGCUCCAGGGCUGAGUCAUUUCUUUGCUCCUUCAUCAGGGAGAGGACGCGGGGCUGUGAGAGAAGCGUUUUUCUUCUGGCUUCAGAAUCCUGGUGGUCAGGAGUGACCCCAGGUGUCUUCAGGGCAGAGCCUGGGCACCGCGAGGGAGGGAAGGAACGCAGCUGGGGACGGGCAGCAGGGGAAGCUGUAGUUCCAAAGGGGGGAGACCUUCAGGGCUGAUGAUCUGCAGAACUGAGCUGAACUUUCUGCUUGGAAAGCUUUGACCAGAAAAAUCCAUGCUCUGCUGUGGAGAGGAGAAAGGCCCUGUGCUCGGGGUGGUGCUGGCCCUGCCGGCAGGCCAGGCUUGGGUUCAGUGCUGGGGAGCACACACUUGUUCCUUGAGGGGUUGCACCAUGUAAUUUAGCUUGUCACUGAGGAAUGUGCUCAAUGCCUUUAUUUAAUGGUGGGUUUGCAAACCUGCUCGGAUACCUCGUCUUCCUUUCUCGCUUCCCUUCGCAGCCAGGGAGGAGAAGGAAAGCGGUGCUUUUGUCCCCCGCCCUGUGGCUGCUGUCAGAUGGAUGGUUUUCAUGGCAGCUCUGUUUGCUCGGCUGGUUCAAACGAUGCCAGAGAACGAGGCACAGCUGCCAGCAGGCUGCUUCCAGCCCCAGCUCCCUCCCAAACUCAGCUGCACUGCUGUAAAUGUGCCUGGUGCCUCUGCAGCCCCUCUGCAAACAGCACCAGCCCCACGCUGCUGGGGCCGUGGUCGUGAAGGCACCCUUGCUCAGGAAAGCAGAGGGCUUCAGCAUGUGCUUAAGUGCUUUCCUGACUCCAGGCCAGGGUUUGUGCUUUAGCAGAGCACAACCUCACCCGCCUUCCUCUCGGGAUUGGAGGCAGGAUCCCAGGUGCUCCAGGUGAUCCCUGGUAUCUGCUGAGCCAGGCUGCAGCAGGAUGCUCCAUUGGAGCUGCUUGCCUCUUUGCCGCCAUGUGUACAUGCAGAGAAACCUGGAAAAAAACCAGCCACCACCUUCUUUGGAAGGAAGGAAAUUGCUUUCUAAUCGGGCAUGUGGAAGUGAACUUGCGUGCUGACUCCUGAGGAAUUUCAGCUGUUCCCCAGGGGGUUUGCAAUUGCUGUUUGGGUCACAUCCCGGCUCUGAUCUCGGUCUUGCCUUUGGGAGUGGGAUUCCUCAGCACAGAGCCGCUGGCAUUUGAGGAAUGAGUGAUGCUUGCUUCAGAAAACCAAGCGAACGCAGUGCGUGCAGCUCAGCUGUGUUUUCCUCAGCAGAAAAUUUCAGAAUUUGCCUAGUGAAACGGAAAGAAUUCGGAGGGAAAUGAGCCCUAAGAAUUGUCUGCAGGACAAAAGUUUAAUCACACCGCUCUCAUUAACGGCAACGUGAGUUCAGGGGCUGAAACCUUCUGCUCCUCUCCAAGCAAAACCUGCACAGCCUGCUUUGCACGGACCAGGCCUACAGAAGUGGUGCUACAUUAUAUCAUUUCAGUUCCUGUACGGUCAGCAAGUAAGAAAAGUUAGCAGAGACCCCGACCUGCUCUGCUCAGAGAUGGUGGGGCCAGGGAGGGGGGCUUUGCUGUGUUGGGAUGCAGGGCAGGGAGGCGGCUCGCUCCGUGUCCCUUGUGAAGAAGGGUUCCUGAGUCAGACCCAGAGCUCAGCCUCAGCAGAGGGCUACCAGGGCUGGACCCUCUCCCCCGUAACGGCCUUACAGCAGCAGAGCUGAGCUCUGAAAGCCCCAGCAGUCCAGACAAACUUGGUGGCCCUCAGGCUGAUGAGGAUGGCGCGGAAGGGCUGAGUGCACGGCUGGGAGGACUCCAAGCAGAGCUGACCCCAGUGGCCCGGGCUGAUAAACACAGCGUUCUUCCUUUCCGUUAGAGGGCUGGGCCUGGGAGCCAUGGGAAUCAAUGGGAGUCUUUCCAGUGUGGGCUUUGGAUCUUUGUCUGGAUAAACAAAUAGAAGGAAAUAACAAAUAACACGGGUCUAACAAAUAUUUUAGAAAGUACAAACGUCUGCCUUUCACUACGGCUCGAUCCAAACCCCACGAAGGAAAAAAUGUCCCCGUUCCUGUGAUGCUGUUCCAUCUGCCUUUCCCCAGUGACCCCAGUUAACGCCGGCACCUCGGCCCGCACGGAAGCUGGCGGGGAUCUCUGCGGGGUGCUGCCACCUCCCCGGCCGUCACCGCUGCGAGCAAAGCUCCUCCAGGCGGGCACGGGACGCCCCUUGUUUGCGGACCCAUCCGCAGAAGAACCGUCGGACAGCGCCGCCGAACGGGCACGGCUCUGUAAACAUCAGCGCUCCUUUGGCCGUUUCUGUGCUUUCCUGCCUCCGCAGUGAGGUUUCCUCGUCUCCCCGCUGCCUUGCAGCGACACCUGCUGCGCGCUGCUAGGAGAAGAGCGGUUUUCCUUCCUGGGAAAGCGGUUUGUCUCUGCUGGGAAGUCUUGUGGCUUUGGCUUUUAAGGUGGGAGAAGCGGAAGCGGGCAAGUCUGCGCCUUCCUCAAACACAAACAUUUCUGCGGUCUGCGAGCUCUCCAACCUGGCGCAGGCUGCGGUGGCGACGCUUUUGUUUUGCAAACUCCUUCCAGCCUGUCCUUGGUUGCAGAUUUUCGGCAGAGCUGGCCAUGAUGUUCCGCUUUGUGGUCGGAGCUCUCUUCCCAGCGCUUCUCCUGGCUGCGCCGCCUCCCAUAAACAAACUCGCCCUUUUCCCGGACAAGAGCGCUUGGUGUGAGGCCAAGAACAUCACCCAGAUCGUGGGGCACAGCGGCUGCGAGUCCAAGUCCAUCCAGAACAGGGCCUGCCUGGGGCAGUGUUUCAGCUACAGUGUCCCCAACACCUUCCCUCAGUCCACAGAGUCCCUGGUUCACUGCGACUCCUGCAUGCCGGCGCAGUCCAUGUGGGAAAUUGUGACACUGGACUGCCCAGGCAACGACGAGAUCCCCAGGGUUGACAAGCUGGUGGAGAAGAUACUUCACUGCAGCUGCCAGGCUUGCGGCAAGGAGCCGAGCCACGAGGGAGCCCUGUUCAACGUCUACUUGAACGCGGAGGAGAACAUGGCCGCAGAGGGCCCCGGCCCCCACCACUAUGCCCACCACCAGCAGGAGGUAGAAGAGCCCCCCGCUUCCAGCCACCACCACCACGAGGAGGAGGGCGACGAGUGACCCGGCCCUCGCAGACUGUCCUUGCAACGCGGGCAGGCAGUGUGUGCGAGGGAGAGGGCCGGGCCUUGGGGAGGGAGGGGGGUGGUAGAGGCUUUCCUGUCUAAUAGCUACCCUCACGCUUUGCUCUCCACGACACCCCGGGGCUGGAGGAGCAGUUUGAGGCACGGGCAGGACGUGGGGCUGGAGCAGCGGGGCCACAGGAGGGCUGGGGGUUUCUGAUGCAAAACUACUUGCACAUCAUAGUAAUAAUAUAUUGAGAGGAGCGGGGACGUGGGCAGAGGGGGCUUUGGCAGAGAGUGGGAGCCGAGCUCGGCUCCCCAGGGCUGUCUGCAGGAUCCUCAGCCUCCUGUGGAGCCCUCGAUGAGUCCUCUGGGCUUUUCUUUUGUACAUGGCUCUUGCCUGGCCUGGAGGAAGAAGGGACGCGGCUUCCCUGCAGCCACACAAGGGAUGCACAUCUCUUCUGUGGGAUGGGGGUCUCCCUUCUUCCUCGUGCUUCCCCUGACUGCCUUGGGGUGCCAGGGCUCAGCAUGGGCGCGCUGUUCCUCCUGGCGCUCGCUGGGUCCUACUUCAACCCCCGUGCCUUUGUGUGAGGUAACUCACAGGGAGCAUUUUGCCCUGGCUGUGCCUCUGUGGCUGUGUGUGAGGUUGCUGGGAGCCGUGGUGGCCAGAGCCCUUUCCUUGCUGGUCCUCAGGGCCACCACAUAGCUCGCAAGGGUGAGGGAGCUGCACUGUGCCACAGGCACUGCGGCUUCACAUUUCACAGCCUGUGCUGGGGUGGUGUUGGUGGGAGCUGGCCCCUCUCCCCUCCUUCCCUGCUGCACUUUAAUUGUGGUGGAGGGAGAAGGGGGACAAGUCCCGGGAUGCUGAUGGACCUUUGUAGGGACUGCUCUGGACCCCACUGCAGAUGCGGGGCUGGGCUCAGGGUGGGGGCCCCUCCUGCUACCCCUCUCUCUGUUGUAUAAAGCUAAUUUCUUUGGCACUGUCCUGACAAAAGCUUCCAGAGCUUGUAACCGACGCCUCCCUCUCCUUUGUACAAGUCUUGGUUUGUGUUUUUUGUUGGUUUUUGGUUUUGUUUUCUUAAAUAAAUUAGUUCUGACUUCCA